AUCAAAGAAAAAGCAAGCCGGGUGUUUCUGUUUCUGUAAUGUUUAUUUAUCAAAAAUCUAAAAAGCAGGGGAUUAAAAAUGAUUAAAAUAUCAGCUUUAAACGAAGAAUCGGAAGAGGAAAGUGGAUCAGAGGAAGAAGUUACUAGAGAAGCGUCUGAACAGAUAGCGUUGCAGCAGUAUGCAAACGCACUCGAACUUCAAAGAAAGGGCAACCUUAAAGAUGCCACUCAGUUACUUAGGGAUCUACUGGAUACAGAAUUAUUAUAUGAAGUUCAAAAACCCGCGCAAGGUGAGAAAGUACCUGGUCCCUUGUUUAAUUUAAAAUAUUUGUCGUAUAAAAACCUGGCAGCUAUGCUGACAGCAUCAGACGAAAUAGAUGCGGCUAUCGAGGCGUAUUGUGCUGCGGCUGAGUUAGACGACACUGAUGUCACUCUAUGGCAUCGGCUCGGGCAGCUUUGUAUACGUACUAAACGUUAUGAAAUGGCGCUCCAUGCUUUUCAACGCGGUGCAGAACGCAAUCCUCGUCACUGGCCCUGUCUCGAUAAGAUCGUCACACUCCUACUUGGUCUAGAUUACAAAGAGGAAUGUAUUUCAACCAUACAUGAUGCCUUACAGUUAGACCCUGGUUACUUGCGUGGUCUGGCAUAUAGGAAACAUAUUUACACUGUAUAUCCUUACAUAAAGGAUUACAUGGAAUAUCUAAACCCCAUUUACAAAUGGGAUGAAAAAGAUGAUGAACCAUUUGAUGAAGAAAAGGCCAAGAAACUAAUAAAUGAAGCUGAAACUAUCCAUGACACAUUUAUUGAGCAACAGAAAGCUGAGCAGUUCAAAUAUGUUCUACCUGAAUUAAAAUUAGUCAAACCUGUUAGCAACUUAAGUUGGAAAUCAGUUGGAGAAUCCUUAGUUCAUAUGCAUCACUACAUGGCUGAGAAUUGUUACAGUCAUGCAUGCAAAAUAGAAAUGGUUUUUGAGAAGGAAGAUAAGCAAGAGGCUAUGGAGGUGUGUGAAGAACCAAAGGAAGUAGAACAGAAACCAGAAGAAACUAAAGUUGAAGAACCUGCAACAGAACCAGAAAAAAAUGUUGAAAAUGUGUCAGAGAAUGAAAACAAUGAUUUAUCAGACAAAGAUAAAACAGCCACUGACACAGAGAAAGUGGAGAGUGAUGUUGAAAUGGCAGCAGAAAAUCCUGAAAACCCCUCUGAAAAUAAACAACAAAAGAAAGCCCCAGUGAGAAGAAGAGGUAGUGCACUAAGUUUCCUAGAAAUGUGGGAAUGGUGUACUAAACGAAGAUCUGGACGGAAAAAACCUGUUAAUAAACAAGAACAGGAUGAUAAUAUUUAUGAAACUCUUAGAAGAAUGGUGCCAAUUUCUUUAGUGCCAGAGUUAGUAGAGAAAAAAGAAAACCAAGCUCGUGAAACAUCCCCAGAUGUAUCGGAUCUUGAUAAAUUAUUUGAUGCAAAAGAUAAACCUGAAGAUGAGGUCCUGAUCACAUAUUUUGGAUCAGAUGAUGAACAGAAAGACGUCAAGAACUUUAUUAAUCAGUACACAGAGCAGAAAAAAGAUAUAAUUGAUAUUUUAAAUGAUUUUCUGAAUAUUUUAGCUUGUAAGUGGCGAGAGAAAUGGCCCAAGGGACUCUCAGAAGUAUUUAUUGAAGCUCACAAAUGCUAUCUUAAUCACAUUGAUGUUCCUGCAUAUACCAGUGACAAUGAUGAAGAACUACUGCAUUAUACAACAGUUAACAUCUUAGCAGAAGAGUUCUUAGUGAAUGAAAAGUUAAACAAAUCUCCAGAAGAGGAAGCGAAACAUGAAUUGAAUGUGAUUGAAACUGUAGGCAUAAUAUUGAGUUUGAGGCCAGAAAUUUUCAAAAAUGCUGACUGUUUAGAUUUUACACUCCGCUAUCUUUGGGUGAAACUACACAUUCAUCUUUUGAAUAAAUGCAACGAGUUUGCUCUGGACUGCCUGUACCAACUUGUGUAUGAAUUUGAAGCCAUGGGCGAACACCACGAUAAAUACAAUCUAGAAGUAGUUAACUUCACACAUAAACCAAAAAUUAAUGAGAGUGAAGUCUCAGCUGCUAUAAAGGACCUUGAGAGAAAUGAGAAGCUUUCAACUGUUAUGGAAUUGUAUGACAAAGGAAACUAUGAAGAAGUAUUAUCUAUAGUGAUUGACAGUUUUGAGCAUUGCAAAGCAAUGGCUAAAGUUGAAGAACAGGUGGCUUUAGACUUUGCAGUACAUUUGGCUGUAAUACUAGACACAUAUUGGGCUUUAGACAGGCCAGAAGAAUGUUUUAAGUGGUCUCUCAUCUGUCUUCACGAAGCUCUAAAUCAUUACUUUAGAUUUACGACAGGAUCCCAAGAAUAUGAUAAGUGGACCCUCACAGUUGUUAAGAUACUGUGUUGUAUGGACCAUAUACUGACUACAGAAGGAUUAACAUGUCUAGACACGGUGUCUCAAAAAGAGUUGAGUCAAGGUCUGGAAGAUCUCAUCAGAGUAAUUGGACAUCAGGUGGAGACAAACACUUCUGAAAUGCCUUUCGGCACCGUAAUCCCAUGGAUCAUAGUACACUACAUAUUACAGAGAGAGGAUGAUCAGGGAAGAGUUAGAAUAGAUAAUGACAAAGCUGCAAGUGAUGAAGAUGUUCCUAACCCAUUAAUGGUAUUAUUUAUUGCACACGAACAGCUGGGAAAGAGAGGAUGGUGCUGUAAGUCUGAAGGCAAACUGCUGUAUUUUACGUUAGACACGGUGGUUCCAAGGUUGCGGUCACCUUCACUAGCAAAAUCACUUGAACAAGUGGUACAGUAUAUGGAGCAGUGUGUAUUUUGUUUGUUUGGCCACCCUGGCAGGAAAAAUAAAUUGAAACAUCUCGUAGAUCAUAAUGUACCGCCAUACACUUUAGAUUGGAAAAGAGCGCAGCAGGUGUAUGAAAUAUUCAGGCCUCCAACAUUGCCGGCACUGGAGGGCAAGUUGCCCGGCAUCACCGCUGACACUGAGCAGUUGUUCCACAAAAUACUUGCGCUGCUUCCUCCCGAAUGUGAUCCUCAGAAAUACCUUCCAGACAUUGACAGAUAUAUUAAGGGGUUGGACGAUAAAAUGCCGCAGGCUCCGUCUCUACUGCCAUAUAAAAUGAAGGAUAUUUACUUUUUGUUGGGAGAUUAUUAUUAUAAAAGAGAAGAAAGCAAGUUAGGUAUAAAAUUUAAUAUGUUAGACGUUGCCCUGAAUAACGACAGAGUAGAAUCGUGGGCACGUAUAUCACUAGCUAAAAGUGUAAAUUUAGAAAGAAUGUUGAAUUCCUGCAAAAAUCUCAAUCAUGAAAGAGAAUUUUUAACUCCUGCAAAAUCAGUGAUACGAUGUUACAAGAGAUGUAUGGAGCUAGACCCAACCUACUGCAAUAUGUGGACAGAAUAUGGCAUGUUCGCAUAUUACGUGCACUCGUUUUGUUCUCGUGUCCUGAAACAAGCGAGCGAAUCUUUAAGUAUGGAAGACUUUGAGUCUUUGGAAAAACUGAAGGAAGACAUGUUAGACAUAACAAACAAAAGUUUCGUCACGGUACAGAAUGAACUUAACAAUAGUUCGGAAUCUGACAAAGUCAAUGAUGAGUCGUGGCUCCACUUCUAUAUGUUAGGAAAAGUAAGCGAGAAACGUAAUAAGCCACCGUCGCUAUAUUUGGAUUAUUACAUGAAAGCCGUAAAAAGUUUGAAAGAAAGUAAUGCGACGUAUCCCUCGAAGAUUAACUACAAUACGCCAACACACUUAUGUGUAGAAGUUUUAGAGUUACACUAUCGGAUCCAUUCGUCUAUAUUGAAAUAUAUAGAACAACACGAGAGCAAACCAAUCCCUGCAUCAGUUGGUAAAGUGUUCUCCACGUGUAUCGAAGAGUGGAAGAAAGGUCCUUUUACAAGAAAACCUAAAAAGGACGGAGCUGUAGAAAUAGAAACGAAUACUGAACCCAAACCCGCGGAACCGGUUCACGCAGCUAAUAUUCUCAAACGGUCUAUUAGCGACGCUGGUGAAGAAGAAUCUCAUGAGGCUAAAAGACUGAAGAUGGAAGCAGCGGCAGCUAAAGUUAGGCGGUCAGCUUCGUACGAUACAGAAAGAAAAUCUAAAGAAUCGAUUAAACCGAGUUUAGAGGUAACUGAAGCUAAAACAAUUGAGACCACAGAGGAAAAUAAACAGGAAGUUACUAGCGAAAAUUUGCCGCAGACUUCUCUGCCUCCGCCUCCGCCAGCAACAACAGAACCAAUUAAAGAAGUAACACCUGAAAUGGAAAAGCCUAUAGAAGAGAAGAAAGAUGAAACGGAUGGUGAGAAAAAAGAGGAUAGUUCAAGUAGUACAUCUUCUUCAUCGUCAUCGUCAGAUUCCAGUUCGAGUGAAACAUCAUCCGACAGCAGCAGCGACUCCACUAGCGACAGUGACGCUUCCAAGUCAUCGAACGACGCCAAACCAAUAACCGACGAUGAGAUCAUGAAGAUAGUGUCAGCCUGUCUAGACGCUCUGGAAGACUGCGCCAGCCGGUUUCCACCACAUUAUAAAGCCAUUUACAGACUCGCCCAUUAUCACUUUUAUUAUAAAAAAGGUAAAGACAUCGAAAGAUGUCGAGAUCUCAUGUUGUCCAAUUUCACAUCAAGAUCUGGCCAUAAAAUGGUUGGUUUAUUUGGUGAGAGAAAACCCUCUAACUUUUUCAACAACAUAUGGAGAAUACCGACAGCAGAGGUUGACAGGCCAGGCAGCUUCACAUUUCAUAUGAAUCGAUCUGUACUCCUCACAAUGGAGAUAUUGAAAGAGAUAGACGAUCAUAAAACGCUUUUGGAACUCAGUAUAGUUUUACAGAAGAUACCUGAACUAGACAAGAAGUAUGUGCGUGACUCUGAUAGAGAGGAACUAUCCCAGCAAGCCUUCUCACUGUGCGUACAAUCUUUGAAAGGUCAACUGCUAAAAUUCAGCCAACAAGCUGACUUGAAGAUCAACGAGGUGGAGCGGCAAGCACUCAACAGUUUUAUGUUGGAUAUUUACCGAGCGUACCUAAAAGUUCAGAAACAACCGAAUGCUAAACAAUUCACGAAUUUAAUAGUUGAGGGUUACAAGUUACUUAGAAAUGAUCCCAUCCCUGAGAAUAUUAAUGUAGUUGAUUUAAGUUUGAAAUACUGCCAUAAGAUGCUACACAAAAUUAAGAGUGACGCUAUGAUGGCUAGUGUAGACAAAAGUCAGAAUGCUCAGAAGAAACAAGCUGCUAAGGCUGCUGUUUCCGAGAUUUCUAAAGCUCCGGCUCCAAGUGUGUCAAGAACUGAAAGCCUACCAAAGCCGGAACAAAAAGCGCCACCUCCUUCAACAUCCACGGCAAGCUCGAGUUUACCAAAAAUGUCGCCGCAAGAAAUGGCCGCCGCUUUCCAGAGCUACUUACCGAUGUUGAACGACCCGGUGUUGUCCCAGCAAACGGCGGCUGCUUUAUCUUUGUCUUACUUAUCGAACAUGAGUGUUUUUAGCGCCUACCCGUCAUUGCAGAACACGUUACAGAAUACUCUGCAAAAUUCCUUUCAGGCUGAGUUCUACCGUCAGUUCUUAGGACAGAGCUUCCCGUCUUUUAUGCCUCCUGUAAAGAAACAAAAACGUGGUCCUAAGCCGGGUUCGGUGCGAGCUUCUAAUCCUCAGAUGAAAACGUCAAAGUCGUUCACUGCCCCUACUGCAUCUACCAGUAAAGGAGUUCCGACGCCCGUAAUAAGUUCUCUGCAGAAAUCCAACUCUUCGCCCAUGACUCCUAGUAUGGGAUCAGUGCUUCAGAACUUGCCAGCCUCGAUGUCGGCCAACUUGACUUCAUUUCCCACGCACUCCUCAUCACACUCGACCCACUCUAUGCCGGCACAGGCGCACAUGUCUACUGCGUCCACUGUGAACGCGGCUAUACAUACGAAGCCUCCGAUGCCGCAUCAGCAAGUCAGUCCUGGAAAAACGCUGCAAGAGAAACUGGCGGAGCGACAAAAGCAUCUUCCCAUAUCCAAGAACCAUGAGAUCAAUGCAUCUAUUAGUAAGUUGCCCUCCUCUCUCACGAUAACCAAGACGUCAGUACCUAAACCCGCGCUUAAGAAGCCGGAAGCUAAGAAACAGCUGCCCUUCAGUGAGAGACCCAAACCUAUCGAGUCGGACGAAGUGAUUGUACUUGAUGAUGAUUAAACUAUAUUUAUUAAUUAUAUGUAGGUAAGGUAAAAAAUAGACUUGAACAUUAUCAGACUAUAAUCAUUUUAAUUAAUAAAUGAAAUACAAUCAGUUUAAACGUAUUUUAAUUUAUUUCUUAAAAAAUAUUUUUUUUUACUAUUUACAGUGUUGUUAUAAUACGAAAAUAUGUUUUUAACUAUUGUUACAUUAUGUUACAUUGCUCACGCAAUAUUAAGUAAUAUCAGUGAUUAUUUGGAGCAUCCUUGUAACCUGCAGAAAUCAAUAUAGAUGCUAUAAUUUAUUAAUUAACCAGUCGUUAAUUAAUUAUUAUCAUGUCUUGCAUUUUCUUUCCUUCUUGACUCACUCUAUCCUCGACUUAAGAUUAAUUAUUGUUUAUGUUAAAACUCUGCUUCACUUGUAAAAUAUAAUUCAUGGCUCUGUACUAAUUUUAGGUGGAUCGCUUUUAGCAUACAACAACUCCAGAGAUUAAAUUAAAGCCACAUUAUGAUAACACUGGUCGUUUUUCAAUAGUUGCAUUAUCGAUAACUUGAUUCCGUUACUAACAUUACAUUUAUAUCGAUAUUUUGGCAAAUAUUAGAAUAUAUCUACGGCCAAUGCGUUGGUACAAAAUUAAGACUAUUUUCCCGUAGGAUG